AUGGACAACGGUCACGUAAGCAGAUACCACUUAAGCAUCGCCACGAGCCCGCCUCGGUGGGAGAUCGGCAUCUACGCCGCCGGCGCCUUGGUGCUGCUGGGGAUAGCCGCUGUCAACCUCUGGAAGCUCUGGCGCUCCGGCAGCUACCCGGCGCCUUCCCCCUUCCCCAACUACGACUACCGAUACCUGGAACAAAAGUACGGGGCGGUGUAUUCGGACAUCAAACACAAGCGAGGGAUGGCCCCGGGCUCGCAGAGGGCGCUGGAUAAGACCUCACCCAUCCGCAAGACCAGCCUGCGGGCAGACGACACCUUCGAGAGCAUUAACGAGCUGGGGAGCCUGGAGCUGAUGAGCAAAGACCUGGGCUUGGCCUCCUACGGCCCCUUGAAGAAAUCCAUCUCGGCCGACUCCCUCAGCUCCGUCUCCUCCAUCGGGAACAACUUCGGGCAGGAUUUCACGGUGGGGCAGGUGGAGGUCUCCAUGGAGUACGACGGGAAGGCGGCCGCCUUGCACGUGACGCUGCUGCAGGGCAAGGACCUGCUGGAGAAGGAGGACGCUCGCUUCGAGUCCUGCUUCAUGCGCAUCAGCCUGCUCCCGGCCGAGCAGAUCGUCGGCAUCUCCCGGAUUCAGCGGAGCGCCUACGCCGUGGCCUUUGACGAGCGCUUCUCCAUCCCGCUGGACCCGGCGGCGCUGGAGGAGAACAGCCUGCGCUUCUCUGUCUUCGGCAUCGACGAGGACGAGAGGAACGUCAGCACCGGCGUGGCCGAGCUCAAGCUCUCCGACCUGGACCUGGCCACGCGUCCCUUCAACGCCUGGCUCUACCUGCAGGACAUGAACAAGGCGGUGGACACGGUGGGGGAGAUCCUGCUCUCGCUGAGCUACCUGCCCACGGCCGAGCGCCUGACGGUGGUGGUGGUCAAAGCCAAGAACCUCGUGUGGACCAACGGCAAAGUGACCGCAGAUCCCUUCGUCAAGGUGUACCUGCUGCAGGACGGGAGGAAGAUCAGCAAGAAGAAGACGGCGGUGAAGAGGGACGACACUAACCCCGUGUUCAACGAGGCCAUGAUUUUCUCGGUGCCGGCCAUCGUGCUCCAGGACCUGUCCCUGCGGGUGACGGUGGCCGAGUGCGGCGAGGACGGCCGUGCCGACAACACGGGCCACGUCCUCAUCGGCCCGGCGGCCAGCGGGAUGGGCAUCACGCACUGGAACCAGAUGCUGGCCACGCUGAGGAAGCCCGUCUCCAUGUGGCACCCGCUCCGGCGAAACUAG